AUGGAUCAACAAGACGUCCCUAUAUAUUAUGGCAGAUCUGUAAAUAAAGUCUACAACCAGGAAUUUAUCAUUGAUAGACGAUUCAAAAUAGUCAAGGAGUUGGGACACGGUGCCUACGGAAUUGUUUGCUCUGCCAAAUAUGAUGAUGGGUCUAAUGAUGACGCCGAUUCAAACAACGGCAAUACAUCAUCUUCCACUGAUGGAUCGUUUGUAGCAAUCAAGAAGAUCACCAACAUUUUCAGCAAGAAUAUCUUGUGUAAACGUGCGUUGCGUGAGUUGAAGUUGUUGCAGUUUUUCAGAGGCCAUAAGAAUAUAACAUGUUUGUAUGAUUUAGACAUUAUUCCCAAUCCCAUGACGGGCGAGUUCAAUGAAAUAUAUUUGUAUGAAGAAUUAAUGGAAUGUGACAUGCAUCAAAUCAUCAGAUCUGGACAACCAUUGACCGAUCUGCACUACCAGUCGUUUAUUUAUCAGGUAUUGUGUGGGUUGAAAUAUAUUCAUUCAGCUGAUGUGUUACAUCGUGAUUUGAAGCCAGGGAAUUUACUUGUUAAUGCAGAUUGCGAGUUAAAGAUCUGUGAUUUCGGUUUAGCAAGAGGGUUUUCUGAGAACCCUGAUGAAAAUGCUGGGUUCAUGACAGAGUAUGUUGCCACCAGAUGGUACAGAGCACCAGAGAUUAUGUUAAGUUUUACCAACUACACCAAGGCAAUCGACAUCUGGUCUGUUGGUUGUAUCUUGGCUGAACUUUUAGGUGGCAAGCCACUUUUCAGAGGCAAGGAUUAUGUUGAUCAGCUUAACCAGAUAUUAAUGAUUUUGGGAACCCCACCGGAAUCCACAUUACAGAGAAUAGGUUCUCACCGAGCCCAGAAUUACGUUAGAUCUUUGCCGAUAAUGAGAAAAGUCAGCUACAAACAACUUUUCCCUGAUGCAAACCCAUUGGCGUUGGAUUUAUUGGAGAAAAUGUUGACUUUAGACCCUCAUGAAAGAAUUUCAGUUGAAGAUGCAUUGAGUCAUAAAUACUUGGAAGUAUGGCACGAUCCUCGAGAUGAACCUGAGUGCCAAGUCAAAUUUGAUUUCAAAUCGUUCGAGACGGUAGACGGGUUGGAUGAAAUGAGACUGUUGAUUAUAGAUGAAGUUAAAAACUUUCGUGAAUUUGUAAGGAAACCAAUUGAGGAGCAGCAGCAAAUACAGUUGCAACUACAGAUACAAAAGCGCGAGAAACAACGACAAGAAGAGGAAGAGAGGGCGCAGCAGCAGCAGGAACAACAAAGACAGUUUCAGAUUCAAGAGAGCAUGGAUAUUUCUCAGACUCCUUACAAUAACUUGGAAACUAAUAUGGGCACUCCUCAGGUUGAAGAUGAUUAUCCCAAGCCACAAGAGUUGAAUGAGUUUACUUUUUCAAAUUUGGAGUCGUCCAAUACUACAAACUCUAUGAAUUUAUUCCAAGACAUGACACAGCCACCAGGUGAAGAGUACAUAAAGCUAGAGGAAGAGCUUGGGUUUGGAUUAGAUGGUGCCAUGUUUAACAAUUACUAA